UCAAAUCAACCCGGAUAACAUCACGUUAAACCAAUAAUUUUUGUUGCCCUUCAUCUUUUCUUUGGUAUCAAUUCUCAAACUCAAUUUCACCCCAAAUCGCAUCACCUGCAACAACCGUCAACCAUUCAUCUCUCUCAUAACGAUCACUGAAUUUCGGUUUUGAAUUCACUCGCAGGUAGAAUUUUUUGAAGAAAUGCAAGGUGGAAGAGGAAGAGGCGAUCCUUUCUUUGGAUCCCGUGACCCUUUCGCUGGUUUUAGCGGUAUGCCAAGUCUAUUUGGAGAAAGGGACCCAUUUGAUGACCCUUUUUUCACGAACCCGCUGGGUGGAAUGUUGCAGCCAAGUCCAUUUGGCCAUGCUGGGGGUCCAUUCAUGGGUGCAAGUCCAUUUGAAUUGAGCUUAUUUGGUCCAAAUGGAAGUCCUUUUGGAUCGAGCUUGUUUGGUCCAAAUGGAAGUCCUUUCAUGGAUACACGUCUGCCUAUAACUCAUGAGCAUAGGCAAUCCAUGCCAAAUAGUUCAAGAGGCCUGAUUAUUGAAGAACUUAACUCUGAUGACGAAAAAGAUGAACCAGAAGCUGGGCAUGGAAGAGAGCUGAAUCAGACACAGUAUGGGAACCAACACAGUCUCAUGCAUCAUUCGUGCCCACACCCCCAAGCUCAUAGCUUCACAUUUCAGAGUUCUACUGUUACAUACGGGGGUUCUAAUGGAGCAUAUUAUACUUCAUCUACUACUAGAAGGGCUGACAGUGACGGUCUGAGAUUUGAAGAACAUAAAGAAGCUGAUUCGACAACGGGUCAGGCAGCUCAUAGGAUAUCAAGGGGAAUCCACGAUAAGGGUCACACUCUUUCAAGGCAUCUCAAAUCAGACGGGCAGGUGGAUACAAUGCAAACGUUGCAUAACAUAAACGAAGAUGAGCUUACUGGCUUUGAAGAGGCUUGGAAAGGAAAAGCUAGAAAGUAUCUGCCUGGCUGGACCGGUGCACCCAAUGACGGUGUUGAAGGGUCUGGUGGUUGGGCACUGCCUUCGACUGAAAACACACAUGCAGGUGGGAGAAGACGACUGGGUGCAGCCGAGAAUGGUCAAUCAUCAAAAGUUAGGAGGCAUUAGUAAGCUCAAAAUGUUAGGUUGUUGUUUCGGGUUGAUAUAUUAGACCAAAUAUUAGGAUGACAGACCUAGAGACUGUGGUUAUGAAAUGUGAUAUUAGUAAUAGUAUAUUACAUAGAUAUGUGUUUGAAGCCUAUAUUGAUCAUGUUUCUGACCUACUCCAUGUGUGUUUCCUGUUUGGUUACAGUUGAGUAGCGUUAUGUGUGGCUGUUAAAGAGCAUGGUGAUCAUUUGUGAUA